UUUUUUUUUUUUUUUGAGUUCAGACCAGAGCCACGAUCUCCGUAGGCAAUAGCACGGCUCAGCCUCACCUCAGGCAGUCGGCACUCGGCGGCAGCACGGCUCGAUAUCCGUCCAGCGGUCCAGCUGUCGUUCAGCCUCCGGUUCCAGGUACUCUAUGACGAUGAUUAAAGGCAAAAUUGACAAAGAGAGUGAGGUUUCAUCGGUUUGGAAAACAAACUUCAGGAUCUUAUAACAGAAAAGUCACUAGCAGGAAAAAACAAAAUUUGGGUCUUGGGCAAACCUCAGGGACGGCACUAAACACCAGCAAGCUCUUCCAGUCUUUAAAUUUUUAUUUUUUGGCCGAAGACUGCACACUCUGUUCUCUCUCCCUAAUGAACUCAAAAUUCUACUCUGUUUUCAUUACUACUGCUAUUAUCUAUAUACAUCAUCCAUCAAUGUAUCUGCAUCAUUGACUACACUGAAGAGGCUAGAAGAAAGAUCAGUUCACCUUCUUUAACAUGAAGGUUCUUUUAAGACUUUUGAUUCAGUGGAAAGGAAAGAAGGUUUCAUCAAGACAUGUAUCUUCUAUCAGUAGAAGUCAUCAUGAAGGCCUUCAAUAUAUGGAUAACCCGGAACAAGGGGUUGAUAGAGUUUGCCAAAUUAUAGAGGGCGGUCCAUGGGGGGCUUCAAUAGAAAGUGCUUUGUCAUUGCCUCAUGCUGAAAUGGUAAUCCAAGUUCUAAGCAGACUCAAUGACAUUAACACAGCAGUGAACUACUUCCGAUGGGCUGAGAGAAUGACUGACCAACCCCAUUCUCCAGAAGCAUAUAACUCACUCAUAAUGGUCAUGGAAAGAACCAAACAGUUAGAUCAUCUAGAGCAGAUUCUUGAAGAAAUGAGCAUUGCUGGAUUCGGUCCAUCUAACAGUACAUGUCUCGACUUUGUCGUUAGCUCUGUCAACUCCCAAAGAGUGCAAGAUGCAUACGAUUUUAUCCUGACCAUGAGGAAGUUCAAAUUUCGGCCUGCAUUUUCAGCUUAUACAACUCUUAUUAGUGCUUUAUCCAAACCUGACCAAUUGUUGACACUUUUUAACCAGAUGCAGGAGUUAGGUUAUGAAGUAAGUAUUUAUUUGUUCACUACUCUCAUUCGCGUUUUAUCCAAGGAAGGUCGGGUCGAUGAUGCUUUAUCUAUGCUAGAUGCACUCAAAAGCAACUCAAUUGAGUCUGAUAUUGUCCUUUAUAAUGUCUGCAUAAAUUGCUUUGGGAAAGCAGGUAAGGUUGAUAUGGCUUGGAAGUUCUUUCAUGAGUUGAGAGCACAUGGUCUUAUGCCCGACGACAUCACAUACACUAGCUUGAUAGUUGUCCUUUGCAAAGCUAAUAGGGUUCAAGAAGCUUCUGAGCUAUUUGAGCAGAUGGAAGCCAACCGAAAUGUCCCAUGUGCAUAUGCUUAUAACACAAUGAUCAUGGGUUUUGGUUCAGCUGGGAUGUUUGAGGAAGCAUACAACUUACUGGAAAGGCAACGUCUAAAAGGUAGUAUACCUAGUGUGAUUGCGUAUAAUGGUAUUCUCACAUGUCUUGGGAAGAAGGGUAAAGUCAAUGAAGCUAUGAAGAUCUUUGACGAAAUGAAGAAAGACGCAAAACCAAAUCUCACUACUUAUAAUAUCAUCAUGGACGUACUUUGCAGGGCGGGCAAAAUCGAGGCUGCUUUUGAAAUCCGAGAUACUAUGAAAGAAGUUGACUUGUUUCCAAAUAUUUGGACAGUAAAUAUAAUGAUUGAUAGACUGUGUAAGGCUCGGAAGCUGGAUGAAGCAUGUUCUAUAUUUGAAGGGUUGGAUCACAAAGUUUGUACACCGAAUGAAUUAACCUUUUGUUCGCUCAUCGAUGGUUUGGGCCGAAGUGGAAGAGUAGACGAUGCUUAUGGGCUUUACAAGCAUAUGUUAAAUUCAGGUAGGAUUCCUGAUGCCAUAGUUUUUACUUCUCUUAUUAGGAACUUCUUUAUGUCUGGAAGGAAAGACGAGGGUCACCAAGUAUACAAAGAAAUGGUGGAAAUGGGAGCUUCUCCCGACCUUCCCCUACUUAACACAUACAUGGAUUGUGUUUUCAAAGCAGGUGAAACCGACAAAGGAAGGAAAUUGUUUGAUGAAAUUAAAACAUGGGGUUUUACUCCAAGUGUUCGUAGUUAUUCUAUAUUAAUCCAUGGUCUCACAAAAUCUGGUUUUGCACGUGAAACCUAUAAGUUUUUCUAUGCCAUGCAAGAACAGGGAUGUGUCUUAGACACGCUUGCUUACAACACUGUUAUCGAUGGAUUCUGCAAGUCGGGUAAAAUGGACAAGGCCUAUGAGCUUUUGGAGGAAAUGAAAGUAAAGGGUCACCCACCAACCGUUUUUACCUACGGUUCUGUUAUUAAUGGGUUAGCGAAGAUUGAUCGCCUAGACGAAGCUUACAUGCUUUUUGAAGAGGCAAAAUCCAACGGCCUAGAUGUAAAUCUAGUUGUGUAUAGUUGUCUUAUUGAUGGGUUUGGGAAAGUGGGUAGAAUCGACGAGGCUUAUCUUAUCAUGGAAGAGUUGAUGCAGAAGGGUUUGACCCCAAACGUUUACACAUGGAAUUGUCUUCUCAAUGGGCUUGUAAAGGCGGAGGAAAUAAAUGAAGCACUUGUUUGCUUUAAUUCAAUGAAAGAGUUGAAAUGUACUCCAAAUGUUGUGACCUAUGGAAUUCUCAUAUACGGUCUUUGCAGGGUUCAGAAAUUCAAUAAAGCGUUUGUAUUUUGGCAAGAAAUGCGUAAAAAAGGGUUUGAACCGAAUCUGAUUACUUACACUAGUAUGAUCUCAGGGCUGGCGAAAGCCGGAAAUAUAGUAGAGGCAAAGGGACUCUUUCAAAGGUUCACUGCCAAUGGUGGGAAACCUGAUGCAGCCUGUUAUAAUACCAUGAUUGAGGGGUUAAGUAUGGCGAACUGGGCCAUGGAAGGGUUUUCUCUGUUUGAGGAAACUAGGAAAAAAGGGUGUAAUAUAUAUACGAAGACAUGUUUUGUUCUUCUAGAUGCUUUACACAGGGCUGAGUGUCUUGAGGAGGCUGCUGUUGUUGGUGCUGUUUUGAGGGAAACAACAAAUGCUAAGCAUGCUGUAAGAUCCUUGUAAGAAUUAGAACUUUUUUACUAUAGUAAGGAACAAAUGGAUCUUGGAGUAAAAAUAAGACUCUUUACUUCCGUUGGUGAUUCCGAAAGAUCAAGGCUUUAACCGGCCCUGAAAUAGAAAACGAGGAUGGAGAUGAUAAAAUGGGAACCAAAUUAAAUAUGAUGCUGCUUCUCAACUGACAUCAUCUAUGGAUGUGAUGCAUUUGAUGCUCAGGUCAGGAUGCAUCUUUGCGAGUAACUGAACCAGAUAAGAUGUGGUCGGCGAUGUUUAAUGCUUGCUUGUGUGCUGUUUGUUAAUAUUGGACUCAAGAAGGAAGGCAAAUAGUUUGGGCCGAACAAACUUAGAAAAAUGGAAUUUUGUGGCCAGCCAUGUGGGGAAAUAAACAGUGUUCAUCUUUCUUUAGUGAAUUUUGUAAAGGUUUAUAGAGAAGCAAAUACACACUCUAGUCUCUACAUGUUAUUGUGCCUGAAAUUCUCCAUAAAGUACGGCUUUCUUUGGUAAUAAAGCUCAAUUUUGCC